AAGGCACAGCAUAAAAUGAUGAAAACGACUCCAAUUUGCAGUAUACAGGGGCACCAAUUGCGAUGGUCACGGAUGUUGGUUGGUUUGGUGAAAAACCGGUAUGGUUCGGCACUUUUUGGUGCACACGUGCAACCCACAAUUUUUCCAAUAAUUUGCAGUUUAAUGGCUACGGAAAAUCGAGAAAAAUCUGACGAUGGCAGUGACGAAGAAGAGUAUGUGCUUCCUCAAGAUACAAUGCUGAUACUGCAGCAGUUUUUACGAGAAAAAGCGUCUGCCAACAGAAACACACAGGACGAAUGUUUUGAAGAAAAUUGGCAAUUGAGUCAAUUCUGGUACAACGAAUCAACAAAGCAAGCCAUAGCGUCUGUUGUACAAUCCUUGCAGAAGAGUAGCGCCGUUCCUGAGAAUACGUUUAGGGUAGCUCUACUGUCGGCCCCUUCGGUUUACAAGAUUGUGUCGGAGAUAAAUGCAAAUGCUAUGUUAUUUGAGUUUGACGAAAGGUUUUCUUGUCAUGGCCACCAUUUUCAUCAAUAUGAUUACAACAGAGCGGAUGAAAUGAACUAUUUGGACGAAUUCCGUGAAUCAUUUGACUUGAUUAUAGCGGAUCCACCAUUUUUAUCUGAAGAGUGCAUCGAAAAGAUGGGAAUAAUGAUGAAGAAAAUUGCUAAGCCAAAUUGUAAGCUCCUUCUCUGCUCUGGUGCCGUUGUGCACGAUUGGGCUAAGAAGUACAUAGGUGUCACGAUGUGUGAAUUCCAACCGGAGCACGAACGCAACUUAGGGAACGAAUUUCGUUCUUAUGCUAAUUUUGAUUUAGACAGCAUUAUUAAAAAAAAUCUUCCUUCUUAGA